AUGAUGAACGACACUGGCUCUGGCCUGGAGCCGUCUCCUGCGCAGAAUAUCGUCGCCCAGUACACCAAAGUUCAACGAUCGUACCAACAAAUUCUCGAUAAAUGGACUCCGUAUAUGCUCUAUCGCUGGUUGGCAACGGCUGGGCUCUUAAGUGUGUUCUUCCUGCGAAUUGUGUUGUCCCAAGGGCCUCUGCUGGACUAUGAAAGUCCAACCUGUGCUCACACCUACGUCCGCAGUGGUAUAUUGGUCAGUCACCCCUCGUUCUGUAACUUGCUGACAUUCAAACUUUUGUUCCCUGUUACUGCUUUCCCAGUCUGUUACGCCCAUGCAAUUUACCUCCUGAACUUGCUACUUGCAUUCCUGCAACCGAAAUUCGACCCAUCGUUAGAGGAUGAUCUUAUGGCGGACGAAAUUGAAGAAGGGGGCGAUCCCGUUAGCCCACUGCCGUCGCAGCGUGAUGAUGAGUUCAGGCCGUUUGUGAGGCGUCUCCCGGAAUGGCAAUUUUGGCUCUCAGCUACCCGCGCCACUAUAAUUGCUCUCUUUUGCACCUUUUCGGAAGUGUUCGACGUACCUGUCUAUUGGCCCAUCCUCGUGGUGUAUUUCUUCACCCUAUUUGCCCUCACGAUGCGUAGGCAAAUCCAGCAUAUGAUCAAAUACAAGUAUAUUCCCUUCGAUAUUGGCCGUAAGGCCAGAUACGGUAGUGCUAAGUAG